GAGCCUGCAACCCGUCCUCUAGAUCCUACAUCACGGGGAGCAUUUCGUCUCUGCUCUCUAGGGGGAACAGAGAUUUUAAGUCACAAGAGGACACGUCUGCACCACUAUCAGUCAGCGAUAGGUGGCGGAAGUUAAAACAAGGAAUUCUCCCAGACAAAGAUCCGAAUGCAAUAUCCUUAACUGGAAAAGAAAGUGCAGCCGCUAUCUUCUCAGCCGCCGCAGCGAAAUUCAUCAAUUCUCUUCCUAGUUCAUUGACUAAAACCAUGAACAUGACAGCACCUUCACCGCCCACGCCGCCAUCUUACCAGAAAAUUGUAGAAAACUCCCCCAACCACUUCCGUUCUAGCGACAGUGCCUCGUCCAAAGCCGAAGACACGCCCACGUCUCGGGGUAAACACGAACCAAGCCCUGCCUCACCUGCACACCCGGCCUUGACGGUAGACACCAAGGUUGACCAAACGCCAACCACACGAAGUCUUCCCAGCCCACACGGUGACCCCCGGGCAGCGAGCUCCCGCCCGAGUAUCGCCUCCACCACCCUGAGAGCCCAAGGCUCGGGGGACGUGAGACAGGAGAACCCCCGACCCAGCGUCUGCUCCAGCAAUCCCAGGAAGACGUCUGGAUACAGCAAGAUGACCCAGGAUGACCUCGAUCCACCGGACAGUCCUCUCUCUGAGGACAGCGGGCAGAUGACUCCUCUGCCUUUAGACACAGACAUGAAGCGACGCAGCAAAGAGGUCGAGUCCGAGCUGACCUCCUUCCUCCCAGCUGAGAUGUCUAGACGGGAGGAGAAGUUCCAUGACGCUGCCAGAACUAACGACGGAGCCGCCAUCCGGGUACUGCUGAAAGAGAAAGUGAACGUCAACUGUAGGAACAGUCUGGACAGGACAGCUCUCCACUGGGCAGCAGCUAAUGGAAACCUGGAGGCUGUGGAGGCUUUGAUCGAGGGUGGGGCGGACCUCGAGGCCAAAGACAAGUAUGGGAUGAGAGCAGUCCUCUGGUCAGCGUGGUUCGGACAUAUUCCUGUCUUAAAGGCUCUGGUCAAUGCGGGGGCCAACACACGGGUAACAAAUAAGCAAGGUCUUGGCAUGUUGCACUGUGCUGCCGAGAACAAUCACGUGUCCAUCAUUUCCUUCAUAUUUGAAGCUCUUGACCCUCAUGAUGUCAACAAAAAAGACAAGAAUGAAAGAACCCCCCUGCAUUCUGCGGCAGAAGGAGGUCACAUGGAGGCUGUCACCAGACUGUUGGAGGCUAAAGCCGAUUUGCAUAAAAAAGACAAGGCAGGGAUGACUGCUGUACAUCUGGCAGCAAAACAUGGCCACAUUGAUGCACUGAAGGCCUUGUUGCUGCAGGGUGUGGAGGUGGAUGACAGAGAUGUGGAGGGUAAAACUGCUUUGCACUUGGCAUCAGAAGCAGGUCACAAAGAAUGUGUCGACCUUCUUUUAGAUUAUACAGCUAAUCCUAAUUCUGAAACAGUGAAAGAAAUAACUCCUCUUCACUUGGCAGCAGCUGAAGGGCGGGUAGAAGUCUGUAGGAGUUUGGUCAAAUAUGGCUGCAAUACAAAUGCUCAAAAUCAUCAAGGAAACACAGCUCUCCACUUAGCAGCAAAUGGAAAUCAUAAGGAAGUGGCCAGGGUUUUAGUUGAUGCCAAAUGUGAAUUAGAUUUGCCAAACAGUAGAAUGCAGACACCAUUGCAUAUUGCUGUAGAAAGUGGUCAUUUGGAAGUAGUGCAAGUCUUAUUAGCAGGUGGAGCUAGUCUUGAUACAAGAGAAAAGUCAGGAAAAAGUGCCCUGCAGCUUGCAGCUAGAGGGAAUUACGUGUCAGUUGUUGACAUGCUAAUAAAAGCUGAGAGAUACUACGCUAAUACUAGGGAAUAUCAUGAUAAAGAUGUCGGCUAUGUUGAUCCAGACAGUUACCUCAGGAAACCCCAACAUCCACACGCAGCUCAAAUGAAAGAUGUCUUGUGGAAAUUAUCAACAAAACAACUCAAACCAACAGACUGGAAAAAAUUAGCCUACCACUGGCACUUUACUACGGAACAUGUCAAAGCUAUUGAACAGGAAUACACAGGUGCCACUAGUUAUAAAGAGCAUAGCUUCAGAUUAUUAAACAUUUGGCUCCAUGGGGUGAGAAAAGAUGAAAAUGUUCUAAAGUUGCUUUUUGAAGCUUUGGUUGCAAUUGAUAAGAAACAGCUGGCAGAAAGUGUGCGAAGAAAAGUGAACCUCCAAUCAGAGAAACCUUGUUCACCUACUUUGUGUUCAGUAUCCUAGCAAGUAAAAAUCCUAGUUUUUAUCUAAUUGGUCUAUGCAAAUCAUGGGUUCCCAGUGAGAGUGUUUUGUUUUCUUGCCAAUGACAGUUGACUUCAAAAGUAUAAAAUUAAAAUUCCAUGUGGAUCAUGAGAAAUACAUUGGACUUUCAAUUCUACUUGUGGAUUUAUUCAAUUGUUUUAAGUAAAAUGAAUACAAAAAUCUAUUUAAAGAAACAAGUCAUUUGUCAUUAAAUCAAAAUGAAUUACUGCCAUAGCAAAGGUAUAUCAAUUUUAAAAUAAUGAUAUUUUCAUUGGAGUUAAAUCAAUGACAGAAGAUAAAAAACUGAGAAGGUUAUGUUAAAGUUUUAAUUGACAGCUCAAUAAGUGAUUAACAUAUUAUCUGCUGAGUCCAAGAAUAAAAUAAAUUCAAAUGGCCAAACUUUUACAUUUCUAUGGAGUCAUUGUUAAACAUCUUUAUUCACACUUGUUAUUUUUACUAUUCUUCUUUUUUAAAUGUUAAUUUUUUAGUCUUUUAUAGAGAACAGUGUGCUAAAGUUUAAAUACUCACUUUACCUGUUUGUAUAAAGUAUUUAAGAAAACAUUCUUAUAAGUGAGUGUACAUGACAUUUAUACAUUUAUGUUAUUUGAUUAGGUGACAUUUCUAUAACAGGUAUUUGGUAAAGGCAUUUUUAAUAGGUAUGUGGUAAGGUGACAUCACUAUGAUAUGUAAGAAAUUUUUUUUAACUAAGGCAAGCCUAUAUGUUAAUGAUAUUUUUUGAGAUAUGACUGGAUUCUAAAAGAUGUGCUUUAUGGUAAGACUGUUUCACCUUGAAGUGUACAAGAAAUGUGUUUAAUGCAAUUAUAUAGACAAUUGAAACUUGUACAUACAUCUGAACAACACAUCACAUAAUUGUGCUAAUUAAAACAUUUCUAUGGGCUGAGUAAAUUGUAUUGGAUAUCCAAGACUGUUAAUUAUGUACCUGUCAUUUUAAUAACUUUGCUAUUUCAAAAAUGUGUUUCUGAUCUUAUGACUGAUCUUAUGACAUUCCUUUGCUUUAACUAAGCUGAAUUUCCGCUACUGCAAUUUUAUUAUGAUCUGGUGAUUUAAUUUUAGCAUGACAACUGCCUUUUAAAUACUGUAAAUAAGCAUAUGAAUCAAAAGCCUCAUUUAAAUCACAUUCAUUCAUUCUGUUGGUUUUUUUUUAACCUAGCAAAACUACUGCCCUGAAAGAUGUUUACUUACACAGCUUUUAGACUUACAGCAUAUAUAGGACUACUUUACAUGUCUAACAAAAAAGCCUGUGACAAGUUUAUUAUAUAUGGAAUGUGUAUACUUACUUGUUGCAGGUUUUUUCUUAGACAUGUAUGUUCUAGAUGUU